AUGGAGGUGCCCAGGCUGAUGAAGGCAUGGGUGUACGACGUUUAUGGGGACGCCGGCGUGCUCAAGCUAGACGAGGCCGUGGCUGAGGACCAGGUGCUCGUCAAGGUCAUCGCCUCAGCACUCAACCCCGUGGAUGUCAAGCGGCCAGCCAGCAAGUUCUGUCUUUCUGGGUCACCGAGAAACACUCUGUGA